AUGGACAGCAUGCAGCCAUCAUUUGGAGAUGCGUUCGAAAGUAUGCUCCCAAAUGAGCUCAAGCAGGCAAUCUUCAAAUUGGCGGCGGCCGACAACAGCGACGAAAUAAACAUCAGUCUCUCGGAAGAUGACGAAGCAUCUCUUCAAGCACCAGCUAUUGACUUCCUGCUGAAGUUGAAGCAAGAGUACCCAGCCACCAUAUACUCUCACGCACUAAGCUUCCUCACGGGUCCUACCAUGCGAUGGGUUCUGAAAAGCGAGUGGGAGCCACACCGCCGUGUUCUUGCUGCUUUCCGGGCCAAGGUUCCUCUGGAUAUUCGACAGAGUAUCAAGCAUCUCUACAUGCCCAAAGUGACCAUUAGAGGCGUCAUCGACCCUUCCACACUUGCCAACAAAAAGGAAGAUCUGAAAUUCGUCACUUUGCCAGACGGGGAGGACUAUUCCCCUUACCUGGAUUCCCUGCAUAAAGAAGGCUUACACGGUAACAACGCGGGGAGGUUGAUCAUGAAAGAUCUCCAAGGGACAAUCAUGCUGAUUCCAUACGUUUUUCCUUGCCUGGAAAAGUUUGACUUCAGUCUUGACAUGUUUGACUGUCUCCCACCAGCCAUUUCACAUCACCCUCUCACAGAUUCCGUCAGCCGACUUCUCCGACAUGAAAUUGCCUUCAACAUGUCCUUGAUUAUGAUCAUGCUGACAUCGCUCAGAAGCCUGCGCAAUGUCAACAAUGUCGACAUACGUAUCUUCUGGGGCGACUUUUUCCGACGAAAUCGUAGGUUCGACUACAGCGUCAGCAAGGAAGAUGAGGAUAAGCUAGAGAUUCUGUUUAGCCGGGAACUCAUCAAACACGCCCCGGCAAAGAGCAUCACCAGUUAUGCCAAGCAGCAGGGCAUAUAUGUCAUGGGGGACAAGGUUACAGCAUGA